AAAUUUUUUUUAGAUGCUGCAGGACUGCCCCAAAGCCCGCAGGGAAGUCGAACUCCACUGGAGGGCAUCUCAGUGCGCCCACAUUGUCAAGAUCAUAGACGUCUACGAAAACCUGUACCAGGGGAGGAAGUGCCUCCUUAUAGUCAUGGAAUGCUUGGACGGUGGGGAGCUCUUCAGUCGAAUUCAAGACAGGGGAGACCAGGCCUUCACGGAACGGGAGGCUUCAGAGAUCAUGAAGAGCAUCGGAGAAGCCAUCCAGUACUUGCAUUCGAUUAACAUAGCCCACCGGGACGUUAAGCCUGAAAACCUCUUGUACACUUCCAAAAGGCCCAACGCAGUGCUGAAACUCACCGACUUUGGCUUUGCUAAAGAAACCACCACACACAACUCUCUGGCCACGCCGUGCUACACGCCAUACUAUGUGGCCCCAGAGGUGCUGGGCCCGGAGAAAUACGACAAGUCCUGUGACAUGUGGUCCCUGGGCGUCAUCAUGUACAUUCUGCUGUGUGGGUAUCCCCCUUUCUAUUCCAACCACGGUCUGGCCAUUUCUCCAGGCAUGAAAAAACGGAUCCGGAUGGGCCAGUAUGAAUUUCCCAACCCUGAAUGGUCGGAAGUCUCUGAAGAAGUUAAGCAGUUGAUCCGGAACCUGCUGAAGACAGACCCGACCCAGCGCAUGACGAUAACGGAGUUCAUGAACCAUCCUUGGAUCAUGCAAUCGAUGCAGGUGCCCCAGACUCCGCUGCACACUAGUCGAGUCUUGAAAGAAGAGAAAGACUUGUGGGAAGACGUCAAGGAGGAGAUGACGAGUGCCUUGGCUACCAUGAGAGUAGAUUAUGAGCAAAUCAAGAUAAAGAAAAUUGAAGACUCCUCCAACCCUUUGCUCAUGAAGAGACGAAAGAAAGCGAACCCCUCAGAGCCGACAGCACUCCCCCACUGAGGGCUCGUGCCAAGCCCUUCCUGGCCGCCAAGAAAGCAAAAGUACAUUUUAUAUAAAAUAUAUAUCUAUAUAUAUAUCUAUAGAUAUAUAGAUAUAUAUUUAAAGAAAAGGACAAAGACGGACUUCCUCUCACGUAUGGGAUUCCAACAUGUAUACCAGACGUGUUGUUUUUUAGCUCCUCUCCCGUGUACCUGGCCUUUUUGGAGCAGGUUGGGGAGAUGCCCCCCUGCGAGAUGCACACAUUUUUGGUUUUGGUUUGAGAGUUGAACAGCUCUGAUAAUUUGGAUUUUUUUUCCUUUGGUUCAAUAUUCCCCCCCGCCACUUCUUCCUUACAAAGACAUGGAAAUUCCUGUGGCAACCUUUUUAGGGUAUAUAAUAUAUACAUUUUUUUUUUUAAACUAUUGCAAGCCCAGACAGUGUGCUCCCAGUGCAAAGCGCUGGCUAGGGAUGAAGGCUUCUGGCUUUUGGGCCUAGUGCUGAUGGGUUGGGCUCUUCAGGUGAGCGUCUGGUAAAUGCAGGCUGAUGCAAAGGGGCUUGGGUUUGGGAAUAUGCUCUGUAGCUUCUAAUCCCUUCAGCCCUCCUAUUUUUAAUAAUUUCCCUUCACGGGCUGGUGGCUUAAGGGGUC